AUGGAAGUAGACCAUAUCACGUGCAACGUCCUGUCAGCUCACCCCACUACACCAGCUCGCUUGGCUUGUCUGGGCUACUGCUUCACCCUACUCCCCCUCAAUCUGCACCACCUACCCCAGCCCAUUCCAAACGACGCCCCUCUAGAGCUUCAAGAUGGGACAUUCACCUUUGAGGACGCUUUUGAGGAUCUCCUCCACGUUGUCUCCGGAAGGCGGCUCAUGGACAUCAACAGCCGCUACCAGAUGCGCAAGAUGCUCCGAGAAAUGUACCCUUACGGCGAGGAUGCCUCCUUUUGGGUCCGUAGGCUACAUUCGCAGAGGCUCCUAGACAACAGCAAUUUUGUUCCAUUCUCCGCCCGCCCCUUGUGGCCGCAGGACGUCUGGGACACGAUUCACCGGGAAUUCGCCCGCACAGCUCGCGACGCGAAGAAGUCGGAUGACCCGUGGUUCUCCUUUGGAUCCUCGGACAAGGAGGAACAACAAGAUCCCAAGGGCAGGCCUCGCCACAGCCUUUUCGAAGACCUUGACCGCCUAUUCCGCUCCCUCGAGAGCCACUUCCCGGGAAAGCAUAAGAACGACAAGAAUGACAAGGAUAGCAAGGACAACAAGGAUAAUAGGGAUUGCAAGGAUAGCAAGAACAGCGACGAGGGACGAGACGGUGAGGCGGAGAACUAUGAUGAUCUCUACUCGUCGCUCCACUCUGCCUUUUCGACAGGCGCAAAGUCCCUGAACACCUUUAUAAAGCUCGCCCGUGAUGGCGUAUCCGAGAUCCACAAGAAUGGUUCGCUCUCUUCCUCUACUUCAACCUCAUGGUCAAGCUACGGCUCAGCCAACGAGGAUCAAAAGCCCCACAAGGUUGAAGAAGAGAAGGAAGAGUACACCGACGAGCACGGUAAUCACCACAUUAAGAGCAUCAUCCGUACCCUCGAUCAAGACGGGCAUGAGAUCCGUAGAGAGGUUAGGCACCGUAUACAAAGCUCAUCCUCGUCUUCCUCGUCAGGCAACGGUGACUCUCAACCCCGCUUGGAAACAGCGAGGCGUGAGACUAACGAACGAGAUAACACAAGGGACAGCAAGAAUGGUCCGGAUAGUAACUCUGGGUGGUUCUGGAAAUGA